GGCGAAACAGCAUUCAACGGAAAAUAAAUCAUCUAUCAUCCUACUUCUGGAUUAGACAGCCUCUUCCGAAGGUGGUGUAAUCAAUUCUCAAAGUUUCGAAGAUCUUUUACUCGGCAUUCACAUUCCAUCUUGCCGAGAAAUAAAAGAAAGAUAAGGUGUAUAUCAUAUCCAUCUUUUCAUGCCACCACCCAACUUUGCAAUCUCUACAAAUAUGGCACCAACUGCAUUGCCAGAACAAAGGCCAUUCGUGCCAAGCAAUGCAAACACUAAUCAAUACGGCGGAACAAGAACACCACCGCGUGAGACGGUCGUACAAGAAUUACACGAAGAACCCGAAGUUCCCAACUUGUUCUCUUUAAGUCAUGGUGCAAUCAUCGUGACAGGAGGAGCUCGUGGUUUGGGAAUUACCAUUGCUGCUGCAUGUGUUGAAUCAGGAGCAGAUGUGUUCUGUUGUGAUAUCUUACCUGAACCAUCACAAAAAGAAUGGAAGGCGCUGCAAGAAAAAGGAAAACGGUUCAGCGCAUCAAUUCACUACAAACAAUUGGAUAUUUGCAAUGAACAAGAUGUUGAAUCAUCUUUCCAAGAAUUCGCCAAACAAUCCUCUCGUCCAAUCGUGGGAAUUGCACACUGUGCAGGAGUAAUGGACGAGCAACCAGCUCUUGAUUAUGACAUGAAAGCAUUCAAUCGAGUUAUGCGUAUCAAUGUUGAUGGAACUAUGAACGUUGCCAAGUCAGCAGCUCACAUCAUGAAAGAAACCGGUCAAGGUGGCUCAAUUCUCUUGAUUGCCAGUAUCAGUGGCUCAAUCACAAACCGAGGAAUCACAACAACUGCUUACAGUUCUUCCAAAGCCGCUUGCCUGCAAAUGUGCCGUUCCCUGGCCGUUGAAUGGGGUCAAUAUGGUAUCCGUGUCAACACUUUGUCACCCGGUUACAUUCGUACAGCAAUGACAAACUUGCUAUUAGCAGACAAGCAAGCUUUGCUAAGACGUUGGGAAGAUGAUAACCCACUCAAACGUAUCGGAAACCCUUCUGAAUUGAAAGGUCCUGCCGUUUACUUAUUGAGCAAUGCCAGCACAUUCAUGAAUGGUGCAGACUUGAAAAUCGAUGGAGGCCAUUGCGCUUGGUAAACACCACACCUUCUCACAAUCGUCACCGUAUUUUCCCAUACUUCAAUUCC